ACACAACACAAAAACAAAAACAAAACAGUUUAGAGAGAGGAAGCCAUAACCAUAGCAAUGGCCUCCAAGCUCUGCGAUUCAUGCAAAUCCGCCACCGCCACACUCUAUUGCCGCCCUGACUCCGCCUUCCUCUGCGGCGCCUGCGAUUCGAAAGUGCACGCCGCUAACAAGCUCGCAUCUCGUCACCCUCGCGUUUCACUCUGCGAAGUCUGCGAGCAAGCCCCUGCACAUGUCACCUGCAAGGCAGACGCCGCCGCACUCUGCCUCGCCUGUGACCGCGACAUCCACUCCGCUAACCCCCUCGCCAGCCGCCACGAACGCGUUCCCGUUACUCCUUUCUUCGAACCCUUACAUUCUGUCAAAUCCAUUAACUUCCUCGACGAUCACCGCUUCUUCUCCGACGCAAAUGCCGACGUCAGCACCGAAGAGGCCGAGGCAGCUUCCUGGUUGCUCCCUACUCCUAAGCCAGAUCAGUACCUAUUCUCCGAAACGGAAACGGAACCCGUCCCGUACAUAGAUCUGGAUUACGGACAUGUGGAUCCGAAAACGGAGCAGAAAAAUUCCGUCACCGCCGACGGAAUAGUUCCGGUACAGAGCAACUUUGAGACUUUCGCCUACGGUUACAAGUACAACACACAGUCACAGUCGCAGAUGAGCCAUAGUGUAUCAUCGUCGUCGAUGGAGGUUGGUGUCGUGCCGGACGGGAACACUUCGUCGGAGAUAUCGAACUGCAGCUACGGCAAGGUUACGGCGCAGUUCUCGGCGGCGGAUAGGGAGGCGAGAGUGUUGAGGUACAGGGAGAAGAGGAAGAACAGAAAGUUCGAGAAGACGAUUCGUUAUGCUUCGAGGAAAGCAUAUGCAGAAACCAGGCCCAGGAUCAAAGGAAGGUUCGCCAAACGCUCUGUUGUCGAUCCUCUUGCUGGAUACGGCGUCGUUCCUACCUGUUGAUCAGUUCGCAAAAUGUUAUGAUAUAAAUAUUGUAUGUUGCUUUUAUUGUAUAUAUUUAUUUAUUUUGUUUUGUUUUGUUUUGUUUUGUUUGAAUUAUGCAAUGCAAACUCUUUGCCGUCGAUUUUGUAGUUUGUUUAUCGUUUUUGGGUGAAUGAUGAUGGCAAUGGAACUUGCUUUUCGGCUAUGGCUGCUGUGCAGAUCAGCGUAUCAAAAUCUGGAAUGUUAUUGGUGCUGAACGUAUGAUAAUAUGGUUUUUUAAUCACAGAUCAUGUUUAUAAAAAUUAGUUUUUAAUUA